UUAAAAUAUCGUGCAAACCAGAAGUCUAAAGAAAGAAUUUUGAAAAGAAGAAAACUUAGAAAAUUUUACAGUGGAAAUAUAUUUUAUAAACUCCACAUCACUAAGGACGAUCAUUAAGCAUUAGUGUUGCAAUACCGAAGUGCAUUUUGGGAUAGAUUCGUGUGUGAUUCGUGCAUUUAUUGGUUGUGUUUAAUUUGUCUUUGCAUUCGUCUGCAUUUUGAGCAAAACAAAAGCCAACAAAACACAAUAUACCAUACCAAAGUAUUGCGAAUACGUAAAAUCAAAAAGUUGCAUAUCCAACAACAAUUACGUCUAAAUUGCAUCAGCAAGCAAAAUAAGUGUAAGAGUACAAGUAGAAACUAGAAGGUAGAAAGCUUUUAAAUACCUUUUGAAGAAAAAGUGAGCCAAGAGGAAGGUAUAGGAGUCAAAUAUCAAAGCUAAUAGUGAAAAGACAACCCACUAUUGCUAACUCUCUUGUUCACAAUAUAUCUGGGAGAUAUUGCAACUACGCGUAUACCCCACAGCAGCGCGCAGGUCUUUAGCGAAAAUAAGCGAAAACUAUUUCAGAGUAAUCAAAAGCUGUGAGAGCAUUUACAACGUAUUUGCGAAAAACUAAUUGCGGAAGCAAAUAAAAAGUGAAAAAAGUAGAUACCUCGUAGUACAAAAGCUAAUCAAAGAGGGAGAGAUGGAGAAAGAUUUGAAUGGUGCAAUGCAGAGCAUGUCUAUUAAUAGCAACGGCAGCGCAAUUGUCAAUGGCUGCUGUCGCGGCUCCGACUGCAUCGUCAGCGACAAGCUUUCGUGCCACAGUCAGCAACAACAAUUUGGCGGUUGCAGCAACCUGAGCAACAGUCAAAACAACGGCCAUUGCGUGGCUUGCAAGUGUAGCGGCAACAUUAAAUCCGCGGACGAGACAGAUAACAUACACGUUGGCACAUUCGGCAACGGCGCAGUUGGCAGCGUAGCCAAUGUUACAUCCAGUUUUUCGUACAAACCGACAUCUGCGCAGCAGCUACAGCAACUUCAGCAGCAGCAACUGCAGGCACAGCCACAAAUACCAUUUCCACCAUACGCUAACGCUAGUGUCGCGGAAAAAUACAAAAUGGUUCACGAGUUAUGUCAGCAAUUAUUGUUAACGGACGAACAAAUCAAGGAAUUAACUUAUCGCAUCCUGCAUGAAAUCAAGCGCGGCCUCAAUAAGGACACACAUGCCAAAGCCGAUGUCAAGUGCUUCACUACGUAUGUUCAAGAUUUGCCCAAUGGCAACGAGCGUGGAAAAUUCUUGGCUCUCGACCUUGGCGGUACCAACUUCCGUGUGCUGCUCAUUCAUCUUAAGGAAGAACACGAUUUCCAAAUGGAAUCACGCAUUUACGCCAUACCACAACACAUCAUGAUUGGAUCCGGUGAGCAACUCUUCGAUCACAUCGCCGAAUGUUUAGCCAGCUUCAUGUCCGAACAUAAUGUAUACAAGGAGCGCCUACCACUGGGUUUCACCUUCUCCUUUCCUCUGCAACAAUUGGGACUCACCAAAGGUCUAUUGUCCACUUGGACGAAGGGCUUCAAUUGCUCUGGUGUGGUGGGUGAAGAUGUUGUACAACUUUUAAAGGACGCCAUUGCGAGACGUGGAGAUGUACAAAUUGAAAUUUGCGCUAUCUUAAACGAUACCACAGGCACACUCAUGUCAUGCGCCUGGAAAAAUCACAACUGCAAAAUUGGUUUAAUUGUGGGUACAGGAUCGAAUGCUUGCUAUGUUGAACGCGUAGAAGAGUGCGAGCUGUUCGAGGGCGCAGAAAACGGUAAGCCACAUAUGCUGAUUAACACCGAGUGGGGCGCUCUGGGCACUAAUGGUAUGUUGAACUUCCUACGCACCGAAUUCGAUGAUGAAAUUGAUAGACACUCGAUCAAUCCGGGCAAACAGCUGUUCGAGAAAAUGAUUUCUGGCAUGUACAUGGGCGAACUGGUGCGCUUGGUGAUUGUAAAAUUGGUUAAGGCAGGCAUACUCUUCAAUGGACAGGAUUCGGAUGUGUUAAUGACACGCGGCCAAUUCUUCACAAAAUAUGUGUCUGAAAUCGAAGCCGACGAACCAGACAAUUUUACCAACUGUCGCAUGGUGUUGGACGAAUUGGGCCUGAAUGACGCUACCGAUGAGGACUGCGCCAAUGUCCGCUACGUCUGCGAAUGUGUCUCGAAACGUGCAGCGCAUCUAGUAUCCUGCGGCAUUGCGACCCUCAUCAACAAAAUGGAUGAAAAGAACGUGACCGUAGGCGUUGACGGUAGCGUAUACCGUUUCCAUCCGAAAUUCCAUUCGUUGAUGGUGGAAAAGAUCACAGAACUGGUCAAGCCAGGCAUUAGCUUUGACUUGAUGUUGUCCGAAGACGGUUCCGGUCGUGGUGCAGCGCUUGUGGCGGCGGUAGCGUGUAGGGAGGAUAACAUUAUAACGAAGUAGAGGCAAUCAGCCGUCAAAAAGAGUAUGUGAGUACGCCAGCAAGCGAUAAAAAGGCGCAAGCUACCAGUGCCCCCCCUCCCCUACACAACAUAUGUAUGUAUACAUCUGUACGUGAAUUAGGCUAACGCUGACACGCCAACACAAUAACAGUAACGUUAAUUCUUAUAAAAAAGUGGCGGCCGUCACACAAUUUAAAUAGUAGAAGUAGUGAUGUAACAAAAACAACAAGAAAACCACAAAAAAAAACGAAACAGAAACUAUGAUGCAGCAGCAAUAACA